AUGCCCCCCAAGAAGCUUCAGAAGCAGCAAGCGACGGAGUCCCAGGAUGGCGCCUCAACAGCGUCGGGAAGUGGGACGAAGAAGAGGACCCCCAAGGAGCCCAAGGAGCCUUCCCAGGCGAAGAAGGUCAAGGCCGAGGUCGAGGUCGCAGUCGCCGGUCGGAUGUUGGAGCUCUCGAAGAAGCCGAGCACGUCCGUCGUGGCCACCAGGAAGACGGGAUCCAUCCAGACGGACGCAAAACUGGAGUCCGACUCGGCCCAGCAGGCCGAGGCCGACAACGCCUUUCUCGGCUUCGGGCGAGUCGAUUUCUGUAGCGACGAGAAGAUGCUCUGGACGUCGGGGUCGAUGAACAACCGCGCGCUCAACGCCGUUCACGUCGGCAACAUCGCAGAGAACCUCGUGCUCGAGGGGGUCCUGGACGACGACCCCACUCGCAUGUUGAUCUUCGAGAUCUACCCGGAGCACCUCGACAAGGACGUUGUGUUGGCGAAGACGGCGGACGACCCCGCCAACUUUCCGCUCGUCAAGCUGAGCGAGCAGGGCAAGAACUUCUCGCAUCUCUUACUGGCGGGAAACCAUCGUCUGCACGCGCUCCUGGAUCGGCAGAAGAAGGACGCGGUGAUCCUCAAGGCACAGCUCCAUCGCUUGAAGGAGCUGGAGAUUUCGGUCGGUCUGACGGAAGAAGGCCAGACGACGCUGCCGCAACUCCCGGACCAUGAGCCGAUCGCGGACUUGAAGCGGGAGAUCGCGGCCACGGAGGACCGGAUCGAGCACAUGCGGUUCUGGCGGUGCAAGUUUUAUCACUCUGGCAAGCUCACCGAUCUGGGGCGUCGUCACCUCGCGCGGAACAUCACGCAGCACAUCCGCGUUCAGACCGGGUGGGAAGCGUUCAACGCGAACGUCGCGUUGUGGGAGGAGCAACUCAAGAAGCUCCCGAACAAGCUCGACCACAACAACCAGUACGGGCCGCUGAUUCGUGGUCAGGUGUCUGCGAAGUUCUGCCUGGAGCUCGCGCUGUGGCCGUACCUUCAGAACGACGACAACUUGGACCCGAAGGAGCUGAAAAAGUACUUCAAGUCGGCGUCGGAGGCGAGUGGGGUGCUGCCGAACGGACAGUUCGUGCUGGAGCUGUUGCACCGGUCGACGUCGCAGCUGAGCUUCCUCGCGUCACCGUCGAACGUGAUCGCCGGGAGCAGCGCGCACAUCGUUGCGAUGGAGUACGUGGACACGUUCGCGGCGUUCCGGAAGGCGACGGAGGACGUGCAGGUGACGCGGAACGGCGGCGAGGAGCAGCCGUACCACAAGAUCAAGGAGCACGAGGCCCUGCACGCCGCGCGCGAGAAGUGGGUGAAGCUGUCGAACAUGAGCGCGGUCGGGGUAAAGACGCCUCAGCGAUGCGUGUUCCCGAACGAGCUGUUCGAGGAGAUCGACGAGGUGUUCGUUUCGACGCUGCACCCGUUCAUCCUCGCGCGGCACGCGAUGGGCUCGAUGCAGAGCUCUGGAUGGCGUGAGGGCUUGAAGAACUACUGGCGGGGAGUGACCAGGGUGGGGAAGAAGUACUGGCGGCGCGCGUUGGACCGUGCGAUGAUGGAGGCGGAGGCGGAAAGCGAGGAACAGACGAAAAAGAAGAAGGGCAAGGGCACGGGAGAGGCGACGCGUGCGACGCUCGCCGUCGCGGCACUGAAGGGGGUGAGGGAGAAGAUUGACAUACUCCACUACAUGCAGAUGGCGGGGGCGGAGCUCGCGUUGCCUUUGCCGACGAAGACGUUCAUGACGGACGUGUUCAAGUUCGCCGGGAAGAUCGAGCAAUGCACGAGUCUGGUGGCUCGCACAAUCAAUCCCACUCUCGACUAUCUCUUGUUCAGGACGGUCGAGAACAGCCACGACCACUUUGGCGAAAUCCGUCACUGGGCCACCAACUGCGAGGACCACGAAAGGUGCGAGUGCGUGUGGCAGUUGUUCCUGGUCUGGUUCCUCGACCACGGCGAGCAGCUGUGCGCCCUGGAGGUCAUGUGCAAGGCCGGCGAUCUCGAGCUCGUCCGCUACAUGUCUCGUUCGUCCCUCAAGACGCUGAGCGAAGUCGGCUUAGCUGUCCUUGCUGACCACGGCAUCAACGAGUCCCACGCCCCGCUUCAAACCGUCCUGAACCGCAACGAGAGCUUCCGCCAGACCGUCCGCAAUCUGUACGCCGCCACCAACACCGCCAUCCAUGUCGACGCGUCAAGCGGGUCCGGAAAGGGCAAGAAGAAGGACAUCGCGAGGCCGACGCUCGACAAAGUCGACGAGCCCAUCAGGCGUAUCGUCGCCGACCUCAGCAUCAGCGACCUGCCCCCGAGCCUCGUCAAACUACUACCUCCUCUCCGCACGACGCCUAAGUGGCGGCACAACUGGUCCCGUCCCUCACAAAACGACAAGCAGACGAUGCCGAUGGGCAUCGCGAUGGAGAUGGCCCUGUCCUGGGAGGCCAUCAAACGCUUCGUCGUGCUGCCCUUCUACUCCCCCCUCGGCAAGGAAGUCUUCUCCAGCUUCGCGCGGUUCUGGGCAACACACUCCACCGCUCGCCACCGUCCCAACCACGUCCUGGUGCCCGGCAAGAUCUUGCAGACGUGGUCGUGGUUUGCAUUCGAGUGGGAGGACGGGCUGUCGGUACAGGAGAAGGCGACGCCCGAGCUUCAGGACCUCGUCAGGGUGCUCGGCGAAUCGGUGGAGGCGUACAAGCUCAACCCGUUGCUGGCGUACUUCCGUGGGGCCCUCGUGAGGCAGCACAACCUCGCCGAGGGCUUCAAGGCCAUUCGCGAGCUGACGAAAUGCAUCGCCUUCCACAAGGACGUCUUUUUGCAAACCGACGAGAAGAAUGGCUUCGUCAUGAAGCCAUCCUAUCUGGGCGAGGUCGAAGAGCAGACGGUCGCGCCGAUCAUCGACUGGCUCCAACAGGCCAUGAUCUGGAACGUCAACCGGCAGAGCGUUCGCCAGUCGGACUACGAGAGCAUGUGGGUGUCCCCCAAGGACCGCCCGCACGAGUACGUUGCGCCGACGAUCCUCGCAUACCCAAAGGCAGCGGACAUCUUCGCGUUCUCCAGCCUCGCGGACUACUCGACGAGGUUCAACCGCGAAUUCAUCGAAGACGGCGAUCGUCGAAAACUCAAGGUCGAGCAAUACGUCGAGGACAAGCUCCGAGACUUUGACGUCCGGGCGCAUCAAAAGGCCCUCGACGCUGAGAAAGCCGCUGUCGUCCUUGCAGCCAUGAACGCGGGGACGUCGUCUAGGAUGGAGCAAGAGGAGGACGUGCCGCAGUUCGCGAGGCAGGACCAGGACGUGACGAUGAAGGAGGUUUCGGACGAUGCGACGAAGGGCGGCGGGGCUGAGGACGGGGGACGUGCCGCUGCAGAGGCCCAGUUCCGUAAAGAAGCCGAGGCCAAAUUCAAGUACCCGCAGGACCUUCUCGGCAUCGGCAUGGACGGCGAAAACUUGUCGUACGCGGCCUUCCCUCCUGCCAAGAAGGAGGUGAAGAGGAAGAACAAGGCGGCACACGAGGAGCUGAUGCGCAAGCAGCGGUCGCCGAGUCGCCGAGUGCUUCCGUACUUUGGCAGGGCUCCUGACUUUGACACUCACCUCAGCGAAAUGCGGGCCAGCUUUGCGGCGCGUGACGAGGACGUUGAAGAUGAGGAAGAGGAGGAAGAGGAAAACCUGGCUCGCAUCAUCGCCCGUGCCGACCAGGACUCGUCGUCCGAGGACGGCUCCGAGCACAGUUCCAAGGUGGGCACGACGUCGGCCCGUGGCCGUGUCGCCCCGCGUGUCAAUCCACCCCGUCGCGACGACAACAUGGACGUUGUACCGAGUGCCGAAGGGUCCGGGCCUUCAACGACUUCCUCACAAACAACGGACGGCGGGCCCACGUCGACAUCUGAAGUGGAGGACAUCACAAUCUCCAACGCCGGACACGACGCCGAUCCGGACGCUGAGGAGGUUACUCCGAAGAGCAAGAAGACUCGCGUUCGCUCUGGUAAACGCCUCGCCGACCAGGUCGACCUCAAUCCCGACGGUUCCCCCAAACGGCCACAGAAGAAGAAGGCUCGACCCAGCCACGAUGGCAGCCGCGCCGGAAGCGAGGACGGUCAGGCUUCUUCUGGCAGCCUUUCUCUCUCCGGGCUCUCUGCUUCCCUCCCCGAACCCACUCAGCCCAAGCCGCGGCCCAAGCCGAAGCCUCGCGCCAAGCACAGCAUCUCCCGCACCGAGCCAGCCCCUCGAGCCAGUUCUUCGAAGUCAGCCCAUCGCGAUCGUGGACCCACUGCUUCGAGGACCUCGUCGCGUGUCCAGAGCAAGCCUCCAAGUUCCACCCGCGCGGCCUCCCAAAAGUGGCCUCCGUCCGCCUUCCAGGACGACGACGACGACGACGACGAAGGGAGCGGUCCCGCUCCGAGCGUCGAGGUGUAG